AAGAGUACUUUGGUACUUCUGUUGCGACACAUCAACAAACCAAGCCUUCAGCUUCAGAACUUUCUUCCUGAUCUGCUGCUGAAUGAUCAGAUUACGACUUUCCUAUAAGGUUAAGUACUGUGCAGCGUAAAAGCUGAAAGCUUGUUGGUGGUAUGAUCCAGAUCCAUGAUGGGCCUCUUCAUCGUCAGUAAACUGCUUUUGAUAACCUUUGCGCUCCAGUCGACUGAAGAGAAGUGGAAGAUGCAUGCAACAGCUGAACCUGACAAUUCCGUACGUUACGGCGAGUUCUGCCUCCGUAUUUCUGAUGACUCUCACAGGACCAGCUCCAAAUCAGUCACCCAACAACCCACAAAGUCAGCUCGCCAGACCAAACAGACAACCCAACAGCCAACCACAGAGCCAACGGAUCUAGGCAGUCAGUCAACCCAACAAACCACAGAACCAGCCUCUUUAUUCAAACUGACUAAAGAGACAGGCCAACCAUACAGAGAGAAACCCCCGAUUGCCCCCAGUAAUUUGCAGAGUGGAUGUUACUGCGAUAAGAGAGAGAAGAAACAUCUGAAUGAAACAUCAUCACUUCGCAUCUUAACGACGGAGCUCCCCAGUGAAACAUGCAACUCAGUUCAAUCAAUUGGGGAGUUAAAGGAUGGAAGUAAAGUGUGCAUGGCAAGACUCAGCUUGUUAGAUUACUACAAUGCAAUAUUGGGCCACCAGUCUAAACCUGAGCCAAGUAGCUACGAAGAGCCUCCUACUCCGCUGGACCCAACCACAGAGCUAGCCAUGACCACUCAUCCAUCUGUGACAGAAAGCAAGCAACAUGAUCCAACUCCACAAAUGACCCAAACACCACAACACACUACUCAUGUCUGUGAAUCCUGCAACUUCACGACAAAUUUAGAUGCUAUUGACCCAAAGGCUGUACAAUCCAUAAAUGUGAAGAAGCAAUCAUUCUCCUGUCCUGUUCAUAUUAAUGUCAGUCUGAAAGAUGAGGAUUUCUGUUUGGACUUGGACCUGCUGGAGUUCAAUGCAAUGCUGAUGAAACUGGAGAAAGACGUUCUCUCUAGAGAUAGGGAUGGUUUUGUCCCGACGCCUAAAAAUAUCAGCAGCUGUCACUGUCAAGAGACAGAGCAGAAACCUCCGACUGAAACCUCUCCAGCCACAAGCACGAGGAUUUGGCUCCCGAGUGAAACAUGCAACUCAACUGAAUUCAUUGAGACACUGAUGGACGGCAGGGAGGUGUGUGUUACUAGACUCAGCAUCUUUGCAUACUCUAGACUCCCUGACCCUGGAUCUGCUGUUAAAAAACAAGGACCACCAGGAGAAGCAGAAGAAGAGAGAAAACAAGGAGAACGAGGAGCACGAGGACCACCCGGACCAAUCGGACCACUAGGACCACCUGGAUCACCCGGAUCACCAUGGAUAUCAGGACCACCCGGAUCACGAGGGAUAUCAGGACUACCCGGAUCACGAGGGAUAUCAGGACCACCAGUGAUGAACGAUAUCAAAUGUUUUCACUGCUUCCCCUUCCCAAACUGGCACAACAUUGAACCAAAUGAUGUAAAGUUCAUGAAGAUGGAUAUGAGAUCACGGUCCUGUCCUAUCUACAUUCAUGUCACCCUGAAAAAUAAUGAAAACUUCUGUGUGGACUCGUCCCAGCCGUGGUUCAGGACUCUGCUGGAGAAGCUGAAAAUUUAAGCCCACUGAGGAAGAAACCUUAAAUGUGAUAUUCUGAUAUUCCUUUGAUCCAGUGGGGAGGGAUUACAUACUUCAUAUUUAGAUACAUACAUGUAUUCUCUCCAUUAUUACAGUGAUAGACAAGAUAAGAAAAACAUUUCUCAUGAUGGUUCAUCCUACUUGAGGUGGGGAGAGAUUCAAUUAUUUCUGUAUUACUUGUUUUUAAAUAUUUUCUCAUUUCUCUCAUAUUUCUCAUUAUUUCUCUUGAACAUUCUAAUAUUAUAGAAAUAAAUGUGAUAUUUAGUAUAUUAAAUGUUCAUUCAUCAAAUUGAGUGCUUUUAUUAUUAAUUACUACUCCUGCACUUUGUGUACUUUUGGACUACAGGACAUUAAAAGAAAUUUAUUUUGUACCUGCAUGUACACUAUUGUAACUUUUCUUCUACUUGCCCCUUUAUUGUUCAAUAUUGCUAGUUUACUGCUCUAUAUUAUAUUGUUUAUUGAUUUUUUGGGGCU